AUGAGCGCUCUGAGGCUGCGAGCGUCGCUCUCGCUGCUGCUGCUGCUGGGCGGCUGUGUCCUCUCAGCCGUCCGAAGGGACAAGGGGCGCGCUGGCAGCGCAGCAGAGCUGGCCCUGGGUCCCGCAGGCCCCUCCUCUGGCCGCUUCGUCAGUCCCGAGCGUCACGCGUGCAGCUGGCAGCUCCUGCUGCCCGGCCCGAGGCCCGCGGCGGGCAGCGAGCUGACUCUGCGCUGCCAGGGCCCGGCCGGGAGGCGCCUGCAGUGCGCCUACCGCGGGGAGCCGGAGCGCUGCGCCGCCUACGCCGCGCGCCGCGGGCGCUUCUGGAAGCAGGUGCUCAGCCGGCUGCGCAGGAUGCGGCGGCCCUGCCACGACCCCGCGCCGCUCACCGCCCGCCUGUGCAACGGCAAGAAGGGCCGCGGCGCCGAGCUGCGCCUGGUGCCCUACCCGUCCCCACCCGCCGGCCCCACUGCGGGGAGCUUCCCCUGGGAUCUCAAGCCCGGAGCCGGGAGCCAGGGUCGACCCCAGGAGCCCGCGCCAGGCCCUCCCGCAGGGGCCCGGCCUCCCGCGAGCGCUCCGCCCAAAGAGAAGCCCUCUGAGAAGAAGACCAAAGACGGCAAGAGGAAGGCGGCCUCGGACCCCGACGAGGAGCGACCACUGGGGACCGGGCCCGACCCUGACGGACUGGAUGAGAACGCGAAGCUCACAGAGACCUACUGCGCUGAGGAGUGGCGCUCCGUCUGCAAUUUCUUUGUCAGUUUCUGGAAUGGCUGA